GGGAUUCGCGCCGUUUGUUCGGGAAGACAACGUCAUCGUCGUCGUCUUUGUCAUUAUCAUCAUCAUCUUCAUUUGUGGCAGCAGCCGUGCGCGUGAAGACGAAGAAGCAGAAGAAGCGUUCCAGCCGGUGUCGACGGCGGCAGCAGAGCAGGUAGCGGUCGCCAUGUCGGUCGCCACGCAAGACGAGCUCGACGACACCAAGGUGGCCGAGCUACGUGACCUGUUUUGCAAGUUCGACGUGGAUCGCACAGGCGCGGUGGCGUUCGAGCACGUCGACGAGAUCCUCCGAACCGCCGCCCGCGUCAUCGUCGAGCCGGAGUUCAAGAAACGCGUCAAGAGCACCGAGCCCGACGACCUCCAGCAGAAGGUGCAGUUCCCAGAGUUUCUGGACAUGGUGCAGAAGUGCACCCGCGUGUUCAACCCCCAGACGGACCUGCAAGACGCGUUCCGCGUGUUCGACCGCGACGGCCACGGCUUCAUCACGACGGCCGAGCUGCGUCACGUGGUCACCACGCUGGGCGAGCGCAUGACCGACGAGGAGGCCGACGAGCUCAUCCGGGAGGCGGACCCCAACAACGAAGGGCAAGUCGACUACGAGCAGUUCAUCAAGAUCAUCUCCACGCCAGUCCCACCGGACCAGUACGGCGUGCCGCCCAAGAAGAGGCCUAUGCCGAGCACCGAACUGCUGCAGCCGGGUCCCGACAGCCUGGUGCCAACGGCGUCGGGCGUGCCGGGGCAGAGGGCGUCGGUGAGCGCGGUGUCCGAGGCGCAUCCCGCGCUCGGCGAAGUGGCCGCGGCGGCCGGCGAAGGCAGCGCCAAGUCGUCGUCCGAGCCCCGCAGCGACGACAAGUCCGGCCAGGGUUCGAACAAGUCCUCCGGCAAGACGUCCGUCUCGGGCUCUGACAAAGGGUCCGGCUCCGGUUCGGGAAAGGGGUCCGCGGGAGGAUCCAACAAGUCGUCCCGGAAAGGGUCCGGCACCGGCGACACUCCUGGCGCCGUUUCUAAUGCCAGUGGUCCUCCCGUCGAGGCAGUCGUGCACGGCCCACCCGCCGAGAAGAAGGACGGCGAGGUGGUCAACAAAUGACAGGGACGCCUGUCCCGAUUGCGCCGCGAGGUCAUCGAAGCAGCGCAACGGAAACUGCGGCCCCGUCAGGAGGUCGUGUACCGUGCUGAGACCAUGGCCGAUUCCGCGGCGUCAGCCGUAGUGUAGUCGACGCAGCCCUGUGAUACUCGGGAACACCUCCAGAGUGCAGGGUCCGUCAGAAAUAAAUUUGGUCACUCUGAACUUUAUGAUUGAUGA